AUUGCAAAGGAAUGUUUUAAGGGGUCCAUAACAUAAACAACUUUCGAUAUAGAGAAUUUUAUUGUUUAAAAACGAUGUCGAUUUAUUUGCAUUGCUUAACAACUAAUGGCGGCUUACCUAUAUUUACACGCAAAAAGGGUGAAUGCGACAACUUGCCCUUUUCGACUGUGGCUUCUCUGAAUGGCUUUCACAUGUUCUUCAAGUCACUCGGCAUACAAUUACAAACCACGCACACAGAUGAAUGGACGUACAUUUGGCGUGACUUUCACAAUGCGAUCACGCUGAUUGUGUGUGGCCGUGGCAUGGGUGAGCUUCAGCUUCAGGCUCUAGCGGAGCUCGCAUUCGGAGGGAUUGCACUUUUUAUUAGUCGCGAUGAGUUAGCCCAUCCCUCACUUAUGGAACGCCUAAAGAAAGAUGCCAAGAAGUAUGUUCCUAUUGUUGAUGCUGCCUUGGAAGCGUCUAGUGCUGGCACAACCCUCCUGGGCUAUACGGACUGUCUGUUGGCAACGGAAAAUGCUCAUCUCUUGAAUCGUUUGAAUGAGUUCAGCUCCAAUUGUGGUUCGCUGUUUUGCUGUCUCGUUGUGGGCCAGCGCAUCGCUGUAGCCACUGAAGGCUGGUGGGACUUGGACACCCUUGAUAGGGAACUGUUGCUCUUUCUGCUUAACUCUUCAAGCGCAUUACAGCUCGAUGUGCCCGUCUAUCUGCCCAACAAGAGUCCAAAUAUUGCCUUUCGUUUUGUCAGUGUCCCAGUUUCGGCGAACAGUGCGUUGUGUGUUCUUUGCGGAGCUGAAUCUGCGUUCCGGGAACUGCAUCAAAAUGCGAUGAAUGCAUAUCGCAAUGAUGCCAAUCUCCUGGCUAAUGUCGAAAGAUGUGUUCCACGCAGCCUUCCCGAACAGCUGGAUAUCGAUGCCCAUAUAUUGGCCAUUAUCCUGAUUAAUACGGAAACGCGUAAAUGUGUCUUCACACGAAAUCUGCAUCAAUCGUCGAGUGCUAAGCGAAUUGUCGUGGGUGAUUUGCAGCGUCUGGACAUGCUUAAGAAGUUCUUUGAUCACACUUUGGAGAACAUCCACGAAUUAAAGAUAGCCAAAAGCGAAAGCAACGCUCUAGACGCAUCAAAUGAAACGGUUAUGUUGGAUCAGUACAGUUGCUCCGAUUAUCACAAGUGUUACGCCCAGGCAGAUGAUCAAAAUAAUGUAAUCUUUCUGCUUUUUGUUGCGGCAGUACCCACACAUACUAUGAGAUUUCUUGCGAAACAAGUCUAUGCUAGUCUAUUGCAAGACAAAAGCGUUUGCUGGUGAACGAGCAUAGGUAUGACUGCACAAUACAAUUUCGUGGCUAGAACAAAAUAAUUGUGAAAAUAUUUGUUCGUGAAUUCUAAAUAUGAAAGUCUGACGAGGCAUGUAAUCCCUUAGAAAAAACAGAUUUUAUUGAACAGU